ACGAAACAUUGUUGGGUCCCAUGUAUAAUAAGCAUUGUAAGAAAUAUUGUCAGGUACCAUAUAAGAAAUAUUGUUGGGUCCUAUAAGAAGUAUUGCUGGGUCCCAUUUUAGAAACGGGUUUUUUACCUUCUAUAACAGACGCCGAACUAGGCUGUUUGUUUCCCCUUUCUGGUCAAAAAAAUUCCACCUAAAAAAAAAUAUAUAUUUAUUUUUAGCUCCAUCUGGCCAGCGGGGCUUAUGUCAUGGUCCUGUGUCCGUCGUGUGUCCGUGCGUGCGUUAACUUUUUCUUUAAACAUCUUCUUCUUCUUCUUUUUACAGUUUUGAGCACGAACAGUCCGUUUUUCACGAUUUAAAACGGCCGUUUUUGUAAAUAUUCACGGACAUGAAAGGAUUGUGAAUUGGCCGUGUCAAAAUUGUGAAAUGUCCGUCCAUGGCCAAUCGCAAAGAAGGAAAAAAAGCCCUGAAUCCACAACGAAUACAAUGACACAAUACAACAUAAAGCUAAUUAUGGCAUGUUCACAGACAUUCAAAUAUUUUGCAGAAAUGCAUUUGCCGUUGUUAUACAUUUUUAUACACGUAUAAUAUGUACGUAAAAACGACACCCUUCUAUUACUCAUCAUAUUAAGGGUUGCGGCAUGUGGAUAUUGUCUUUAACAUCUUGAAUGGCAAAAAGGGAUAUUUGUCCGUUAAAUGAAGGAUUUUUUGGCUGUUUUAAAGAAUUUGAAGUAUUAUAAAAUUGUUUAUAAGUUUUUGUCACAGUGUAUAUGGGUUCCUCUACCCCUCCAGUGCACAUAUUACUCCUCGUCAAAUUUUUCUUGGUCAUACGUGCACUGUUUGGGUAGAGGAACCAAUAUACACUGUAAACAAAAAACUAUAACUUAUGAUAUACAUAACAGCAAAACUUCAGUUGUAAUGUCCAAUAUACUUUUCUGUAGAUUUCAGUAAGACCCACCAAUGGAUAAUAAUAUCAAGGCCCAACUGUUGACUAUAUAUUUAUAUAUAUGUGGCGCGUUUCUGAAAAAGGCCCCUUUUGUGUGAACGUCAAAUAACGGAGAAAUGACGUUGUGAAGAUAUGCAUUAUUUUUCGACGUUUAAAAAUUAUUUUAGACAAACAUCACACAAAUUUAAUCACUAUGCUAAUUCAUUUAUUUUAGAACGUGUAACAAUACAAAUUGGCCAUAUUACAUGUAUAGUAAUAAACAACAGACAAAACUUCUUGCAAAAUUAUAUCGUCAAAAUAGUUGCAUUGAUAUAAAAACAUUUUUAGAGUUCACACAGCAUCUCUUGAAAAUUAUAGGUUUGAACAAGUUUUCAUUUGAUCAUAUAAAACGUGUACAUUAUCUGAAUAGGAAAAGAACGAACUUUAAGAACAUUUUAAAAACUCAAUUUAUUUUUGUCACAUUCAUAUGGCCUUUUUUUCUAAACCAUGUCACGUAAACAUAAUAGCAAAACCUUCUGUUAUCCAAGCCAAUAUAUAUUUUCUAUAGAUUUCAGCAAGACCCACCAAUGGAUAAUAGACAUACAAGACCCCACUGUUGACAUUAUAUGUUUACAGUCAUUAAGGCAACUGUUGAAGACACCCACAGUCUAGAAUCUAUACAGGAGUCAGAGCCUCUCAUGAUACAACAUGCCAGUGUUGACUGUGCUGAUCAUAUGCAAUCUACAGGUUUCACUUUGGUUCUUUCAGAGUCCAUGUCAACUGCUGACAGUGAAGAGCCAGGCAGUCUGACCCAUGAUAGGAAGGAGCCAAGUGAAGAGCCAGCCAGUCUGACCCACGAUAGGAGGGAGCCAAGUGAAGAGCCAGCCAGUCUGACCCAUGAGUCCAUGUCAACUGCUGACAGUGAAGGGCCAGCCAGUCUGACCCAUGAUGAAAUGAGGCAGCCAAAUCCUCAAGGGACAGGGACAAGAAAAGGAAUGAAACGAAAGUGGGCCAGCGAAGAGAACAUAUGUUUCAUGAACUUUUUUAGAGAUGAAUUAAGAGAAAAAAAAAUGCCAUCUGGCUCAAAAAUAAUGGGGUCCCUAAAAAUACUUACCGGAAGAACAGUGGCCCAGAUAAGGGCAAGGGUCCAUAACAUUAUUAUGGAAAAACAAAAAUGGAAAAAGAAUUGUUGAAUUGUGGAAUAUGUUUAUGCCCCUGGUAGGGUGGCAUAUAGCAGUUGAACUGUCCGUCAGUCAGUCAGUCUGUCCAUCUGGCCGAAAACUUAAAUGGCCAUAACUUUUUCAAUAUUGAACAUAGCAACUUGAUAUUUAUACCCCUAUUACAAUUGGUAAUGGGGGCUAUAUAGGAGUCACGUUUGUCGGUCUGUCCCGAUAUUUCAUCCGAUCUUCACCAAACUUGGUCAGUAGUUGUAUGUAGAUAAUGUCUAGGUCAAGUUUGAAUAUGGGUCAUGCCAGGUCAAAAACUAGGUCAUGGGGUCACUUAGUAUGUUUUAAACUGUAAGUUUGUACGGACCAUAGCUAUGUUAUUUAUCGUUACAUUUUUAAAUGACUCGGUACAUUUGUUCACCAUCAUGGAACGGUGUGUCGUGUUAAAAAAAAUUACGUCAAUAUCUCAAAGGUCAAGGUCACACUUGGGAGUUCAAAGGUCAAAUGCUUGGCCGGGCCAUAGCUUUGUUUUUUAUUGUGAGAUUUUAAAAUCAUUUGGCACAUUUGUUCACCAUCAUUGAACAGUGUGUCGGGCGAAAGAAUUACGUCGAUAUUUCCAAGAACAAGGGCACAAUUUGAGUUUAAAGGUAAAAAAUGGCCAUAAUUGAGCUUGUCUGGGCAAUAACUAUGUUGUUUAUUGUGCGAUUUUAAAAUCGUUGGCUCUUUUGUUCACCAUCAUUUGACAGUGUGUCGCGCGAAAGAAUUACGUCGAUAUCUUCAAACUCAAGUUCGUAGUUUUAGUUCAAAGGUCAAAAAUGGCAAUAAAUUAUCUUGUCUGGGCCAUAAAUAUGUCAUUCAUUGUAAGAUUUUAAAAUGACUCUGUACAUCAAUUUUGUUCAAAGUCAUUGGAAGGCUUGUCAUGUGAAACAAUUCAAGAGUUCAAAGGUCAAAAUGGCUAUAAAUGAUAAUGGCAUAAUGAUUCUUAAAAAAUCGCCAUAAAUUGUAUUAUCUUGUUUUGUGAAGACAGCAUACAAAAUAGUCUGUGUCAAUGCGUUAUGUGGGGGUAUAUGUCACGUCUGUGACAAAGCUCCAGUUGGCAUGCAUGUGCAUCUUGUGAAGCUGCACAUAUUGAGUGGUGAAAAGUGAAGGUCAAGGUAAUCCUUCAAGGUUAAAUGUUAAAUAUAUUGCUUCUGUCCGUCCGUCUGAAAACUUUAAAAUUGGCCAUAACUUUUGAGCUCACCUGAGUGCAACAUGCUCAUGGUGAGCUUUUGUGAUUGCCUUUUGUCCGUUGUGCGUUGUAUGUCGUCAACAUUUUGCCUUGUGAACACUCUAGAUGCCACAUUUAUUGUCUGAUCUUCAUGAAAUUUUGCAGAACAUUUGUCACAUUGAUACCUCGACUGAGUUCGAAACUGGGUCAUGCUGGGUCAAAAAUUAGGUCACUAGGUCAAAAAAAAAACAAAAAAACUUGUGAACACUGUAGAAGUCCAAUCUUCAUGUAACUUUGUCAAAAUGUUUGUCUAAGUGAUAUUUUGGUUGAGUUAAAAAUUGGUUCCGGUCCGUUGAAAAACAUGGCCGCCAGGGGCGGGGCAGUUUUCCUUAUAUGGCUAUAGAGAAACCUUGUGAACACUUUAGAAGUCAAAAUGUUUGCCUAAUCAUCAUGAAACUUGGUCAAAACAUUGGUUUUAUUUAUAUUUUGGACGAGUUCGAAAAUGGUCCAGAUCAGUGAAAAAACAUGGCCGCCAAGGGGCGGGGGAGUUUUCCUUAUGUCUUUAGUUAAACAUUGCUAACACUCUAGAGGCCACAUUUAUUGUCCAUUCUUCAUGAAAUUUGGUCAGAAGUUUGGUCUCAAUGAUAUCUUAGACGAGCUGAAAAUGGUUACGUUUGCUUGAAAAACAUGGCUGCCAAAGGGCGGGGCAUUUUUCCUUAUAUGGCUAUAUAUGGCUAUAGUAAAACGUUGUGAACACUCUAGAGGCCACAUUUAUUGUCCAAUCUUCAUGAAAUUUGGUCAGAAUAUUUGUCUCAUUAAUAUCUUGGAUGGGUUUGAAAAUGGUUAUGUUUGCUUGAAAAACAUGGCUGCCAAGGGGCGGGGCAUUUUUCCUUAUAAAAAUGGCUAUUGUAAAAUCUUGUUAACACUCUUGAGGCCACAUUUAUUUUCCGAUCUUCAUGAAACUUGGUCAGAAUAUUCAUCCCAAAAAAUAUCGUAGACAAGUUAAAAAAUGAUGCUGGUUGGUUGAAAAACAUGUCCGCCAGGGGGUGGGGCAUUUUACCUUAUAUGGCUAUAGUAAAACUUUGUUAACACUCUAUAGGCCACAUUUAUUUUCUUAUCUUCAUGAAACUUGGUCAGAAGAUUUGUCCUAAUGAUAUCUUGGAUUAGUUCAAAAAUAGUUUUGUUUGCUUAAAAAACAUGGCCACCAGGGGGCGGGGCAUUUUUCCUAAUAUGGUUAUGUAUCAUGCUUUACUAAAACAUUGUUAACACUCUGUAGGCCACAUUUAUUUUCCGAUUAUUAUGAAACUUGGUCAGAUGAUUUGUCCAAAUGAUAUCUUGGAUGAGUUCAAAAAUGGUUCUAGUUGGUGAAAAAACAUGGCCACUAAGGGGCGUGGCAUUUUUCCUUAUAUGGCUAAAGUAAAACCCUGUUAAAACUCUAGAAGCCAUAUUUAUUGUACGAUCAUCAUGACACUUUGUCAGAAGAUUUGUCCCAAUGAUAUUUGGACAAGUUUGAAAUUGGUUCCAGUUGCUAAGAAAAACAUGGCCACCAGUGGGCGGGGCAUUUUUCCUUAUAUGGACUUAUGAAUCUUCUUGAAACUUUGUCAGUAUAUUAGUUUAAAUGAUAUCUUGGAUGUGUAUUUCACGUUGACAUUUGAAGCUUUAACUUUGUAUGAUUCUAAAUAUGUGUCAAUGCUGUCAGUUGAAUUUUGCAAUAUGAAGUUUUACAUUUUUUGUAGAUUAAAUAAUUUGUAAAAUGUUGCAGUUUCGUCAAUCAGUUUUAUAAGAUAUUGAGCUUUAAAUAUGAUGCAGAUUGUAAGAUUCUUAAUAUCUUUCAAUAUUGUGGAUAAGUUUUUGAGAUAUCAAGCUUUGAGUUUUAUGCAAAUUGUAUGAUUUUAAAAUGUUUCAAUGGUGUUGAUCAGUGUAAUGAAGAUUGCAUAAUUUUUAUGCUUUAAUUCUGUCUAUUGGUUUUCAAAAUGAAAGACUUUGAUUUUGUAAGUGCACUUUUAUCUCCUGAAAGAUUCUUUUCUAGUGUUUAGUUUAUAUUUUAAGGCUGUUUGCAAACUCGAAGUGAAAACAGUUCUAUUACAAUUUGGUAAGGACAUGACAUUGCAUAUCUGAUUUUAAAAUGUACUUUGCUGGCAACGUGUAAUUUUCUGAAAUGUCUUAGUAAGACUGUUGUUUGCAAUCAAAAGGUCUGUGCUUCAAAUACAGGGUAAUGCAUGUUUUUUGUCCAAAUUUAUGGCGAUUCAGACAUUGUUCUAUGUAAAUUUGGGGUUUGCUUGAAGGUUCAGUCUAUUUUUAUGUCCCUCACUAUAGUAGUGGGGGACAUAUUGUUUUUGUCCUGUCUGUUGGUUGGUUGGUUGGUUGAUCUGUUUACGCCAACUUUAACAUUUGCAAUAACUUUUGCAAUAUUGAAGAUAGCAACUUGAUAUUUGGCAUGCAUAUGUAUCUCAUAGAGCUGCACAUUUUAAUUUUCUGAAAGGUCAAGGUCAGAGGUCAAAUAUAUGUGGCCAAAAUCGCUCAUUUUAUGAAUGCUUUUGCAAUAUUGAAGAUAGCAACUUCAUAUUUGGCAAGCAUGUGUAUCUCAUGGAGCUGCACAUUUUGAGUGGUGAAAGGUCAAGGUCAUAAUUCAAUGUCAUAGGUCGAAUAUAUGGCUUCAAAGCGGCGCAGUAAGGGGGAUUGUGUUUUACGAACACAGCUCUUGUUGUUAACUGCCUUUUUAGUCCCUUACCAGUGUUUCACUAAAGUCCGUGUACUUUGGACUCAUUUCAAGUUGACAUUUGAAGCUUUAACUUUGUAUGAUUCUAAAUAUGUGUCAAUGCUGUCGGUUGAAUUUUGAAAUAUGAAGUUUUUCAUUUUUUGUAGAUUAAAUAAUUUGUAAAAUGUUGCAGUUUAGUCAAUCAGUUUUAUAAGAUAUUGAGCUUUAGUUAUGAUGCAGAUUGUAAGAUUCUUAAUAUCUUUCAAUAUUGUGGAUAAGUUUUUGAGAUAUCAAGCUUUGAAUUUUAUGCAAAUUGUAUGAUUUAAAAUGUUUUAAUUUGUUGAUCAGUGUACUGAAGAUUGUAUACUUUUUAUAUGUUAUAAUUCUGUCUAUUGGUUUUCAAAAUGAAAGACUUUGAUUUUGUAAGUGCACUUUUAUCUCAUUAUGCCCCCCUUCGAAGAAGAGGGGGUAUAUUGCUUUGCUCAUGUCGGUCGGUCUGUCGGUAUGUCAGUCUGUCGGUCCGUCCACCAGGUGGUUGUCAGACGAUAACUCAAGAACGCUUGGGCCUAGGAUCAUGAAACUUCAUAGGUACAUUGAUCAUGACUCGCAGAUGACCCCUAUUGAUUUUGAGGUCACUAGGUCAAAGGUCAAGGUCACGGUGACCCAAAAUAGUAAAAUGGUUUUUGAAUGAUAACUCAAGAAAGCAUACGCCUAGGAUCAUGAAACUUCAUGGGUAGAUUGAUCAUGACUCGCAGAUGACCCCUAUUGAUUUUGAGGUCAAAGGUCAAGGUCACGGUGACCCAAAAUAGUAAAAUGGUUUCCGGAUGAUAACUCAAAAAUUCAUACGCCUAGGAUCAUGAAACUUCAUGGCUAGAUUGAUCAUGACUCGCAGAUGACCCCUAUUGAUUUUGAGGUCACUAGGUCAAAGGUCAAGGUCACGGUGAC